AUGCAUACCGUUUGGCAGAUCACUUCGCUUCAAGGAGGGUUCCCGGCAAAGAGAGCGGGACGUGGCAAGGGUUGCUUUUCGACGGCAGCUAUUUGCUGUACAGCAGCGACCCGCACCCUCCUCAAGCAUACAGUCUACUGCACUGUACAGCAUGCAGCGAGCAUCUGCCUGGCCAACCUGUGGCCUUUUGUCCAGAGGUUGCGCCUUUUCUCGGCCUACGAGGUUGUACAGUGGCAGAGGUCCCGAAGCGACGUCUCAGGAGCCUUGCCAGCACAACUCCAAAAGAAGCACUGGAAUCUUGUAGAUUCUGCCGGGAGAGGGGACGUCUGGCUGUCGCUCUGGACAUUCCCAAUGGCGGGCGUGGUGGAGCAAAGCGGGACACGGUGGCAUGACAAGGAGCGCCCGCCCUCGGAAGCGGAGAUCCCGUGCUUUGAGCGACAGGCUACAAACCUCUCUGCGAGCACCUGUGCGACAAAGACGGACCGUCCGGAUGGCUGGGUGAGCUUGUUGGGGCUGGACAGGGUCGCCAACUUCCGCGAUCUUGCGGGACCUGAUGCCUCUGCGCCCUAUCGUUGCAAGGGUGGCCAACUUGCUCGCGGCAAAGUCUACCGCACCGGCCACUGGGUCACUGCCACACCUACCGACCUGUCGAUGAUCCGCGACACGCUGGGCAUUUGCACCUACCUUGACCUUCGCAAUGGCCAGGACUUUGAAAGUGUCGAUGCGGAGUGCUUCGACGACUACCCGCCCAGCCCAAAUGGGCGGCACGAGGCCAGUGUUCCCCGAGAUGCGGGCGAACGUCGCCGGCUGAGCUGUCCCUUCUCCAAGGGCCUUGGAGCACGACCCCUCACGCGAGAUGAAGCAGAAGGCAGAGUCGAUCCAUCUGACAAGAAGGCACAGUGCGCCAUCUGGUUCCAGAAACAAAUGCGAAGCGAAGCCUUUCACGAUCUGCAGGUUCAGCUCAAGACAAGCAUGCGUGCCAUGCUCAUCUUGAACUCGGAGGAGGUUCUUACAGCACUCAGAGCCUUAGUCGAUGAGCGAAACUUCCCAGUGGCCUUCGGCUGUAUCGCGGGAAAGGACCGCACGGGCCUUCUGGCAUGUUUGGUGCUGCUCGCCUUGGGAGUCAGCGACGAGGACAUCAUCUCUGACUAUAUGUUCACCAAUGAGUCUGCGCAACACAUCAACGCCUGCAAUCAGAUCGCAGUCGCCAUGUGGUGUGAGGAGCUGAGGAUCCGUGACCCACGGAAAUACAGCUUGCUGGUGCGAAGGACGCGACUCCCACCAAGCGUCCAGAACAUCUUGGACAGUGACGGCGACACCCCACUCUGGGAGGACGUGAACAUUGUCUCCGAUCCUGAUGCCAUCAAACGAUCAAUGGUGCACAGAGACAUCAUUGAGUACGUUAUGCAUGAAGUGUUGCAGCAGGAGUUCAGCGGAAUCGACGGCUACUUCAGGUACAUCGGCUUUACCCCAUCUGAAGUUGACAGACUCCGAGAAUUGCUGGUGGAGCCGGCGGCAGAGAAUGAUCCGUGA